CUGUUCAAAACGACCAUGUAUUCUAGCCUCUCAAAAGUCCCCACGUUCACAUGCCUAUUUCUGGCUUUUCUCUCAUUCUCUCUCCUCCCAACUCACAAAGUUCGUCAUCAUCAAAAAAAUUUCCCAUUUCUUCUCACUUUCUCUCUCCUCUUAUUUUCUCUUCCUACAUUUUGGCCCUCUCUCUCUCUACCUCCAAUCUUCGUUCUCCCCCUUUUUUCUUUUCAUUUCUCUCUCCUCAUUCGAAUCUCUCUCCCUCCCUCUUUCUGUAUUCAUGACGGCUUGCACAUUCACAAGAAAAAGCCACUCGAAGCUAUUACAAGCGAUGACAAGGGAAGGCCACUGCCCAAGUUUGGUGAAUGGGACGUCAAUGACCCAGCUUCAGCGGAGGGAUUCACUGUGAUUUUUAACAAGGCCAGGGAUGAAAAGAAAACAGGUGGGAAACCUGAGUCCCCUGGGAAGAGCCAGCCCACAUCUAGGUCCGGGAUGGAGCCUACCAAAUCUCAGCCUAAAAAGUGGUUAUGCUGUGUACAAGCCCCAGAUGUGCACUCUUAAUGAGACGGUUUCUUCUCGUAAGACUUGAUAUGGCAAGGGGAUGUUUGGCUGAGAUCCCACCCCAACACAUUUCUCUCAAAAGACAAAGAUGUAAGAGUUGUGAUAGGCUGCUAGCUUCCUGGAACAACACAAUUUUUUUUUCUUUUCUCUGUGCUGUUGGAAUGAGUUGGUGUGGGAAGGAAAUAUGAAAAAGAAGACUCUUAUAUUGUAUUUAUAUGUACUGAAUUGUGUGGGUCAUUAUUAAAAACAAAAAAAAACAAAAAAAACGGAAGUUUUCCUUUCUUACUCUCCAUUUCUUCUUGUGCUUUUGAGUUGUAAAGUUUUUUUUUUUUUUUGGUUUGUGAUAUAACUUUUGGCUUCUGUAUCAGUGAAGUGGUCUUGGUUUU